CCUUCAUAUCCCCUCUCAAUACUCACACAGGAAGAGUGCCUGCAUGCACACACUUCUCUCAGCACCUUUACGUAUUAUAACUGGAAUAUUUCACAGCAGGAAUUUUUUUUUAAUUAAAAAAAUUGAUUUGUUUUUCAUCGGCCUGCAAAUAUGACGAUUAGAUCAGCUCGUCCAGACCGAGGGCAGCAUUUUCGACCCCGUAUGCUCUGCCUCAAUAAGCUGGAGGUCAUCGUGGUGGAGAUGCAGGACCCGAAAAGUGGAGUGACAGGCUCAGAGCAGAAACUCAACGUCACUACCAUCCCACAUGUUUUCGCUGGUAAGGACAUCAUUGCAUGGAUUGCCAACAAGAUGAAGACCCCACCAGAAGAGGCUCAUGUCUUUGGCACCAUGUUAGUGGCCUUUGGCUACAUUUACCCCCUGCAGAACCACAAGAUGCUGGUCAUGUGUAAUGACACUAGCCUCUACCGCUUCCAGGCCCCAUACUUUUGGCCUACACAGAAAUGGGUUGCAGACGACUCUGAUUAUGCCAUUUACCUAGCCAAGAGGAACAUCCGCAAGAAAGGCAUGCUAGAACCUUAUGAACAGGCACAUUACAACCACCUCCAUAAAUGGCUGAACCACAAGUGGGACUUUAUUGUGAUGCAGGCCACUGAACAAUACAAGGCAGGUAAGGAGAGGAAGAAGCCAGAUCGUGUGGUGUUUGACUGCCAGGAGAGGGCUUACUGGAUACUGAACAGGCCACCGCGCCGUACUCACAGUGCUAUGGAUUGCGGUCCAGAGCGUCUUAUUGAUCCGAACGAAGAUGAGAAAAUCAGUUUUGAUCAGUACAGACGCAAGAACAUGUUCUAUCAACAAGCCAUCAUGAGGUCAAAGGUCAAAUCUAGCGUGUCCCUUGGAGCGCUCGUAAAGUACAUCACAACAUACAAAACCCACGACCCGUUUCUGGCUCCAUGUCAACCCAGCAACCCCUGGCAAACAGACAAUGACACAUACUGGACUCUCAACAUGAGAGGAGUUGACGUCCCUACCAAGAUGAGGGUCGAGCGCUGGUCCUUCAGCUUGUUCGAGCUGUUGACCGACCUGCGAGGAAGAGAUGACUUCAAGGUCUUCCUCAAGAAGGAGUUCAGCGGGGAGAACUUGGCUUUUUGGGAAGCAGCUGAAGAACUAAAGUGGGGCACUGGAUCCUCCAUGUCAGCAAAAGCUGAGACCAUCUUCAAGACCUUCUUGGCCCCUGGUGCCCCCCGCUGGAUCAACAUUGAUGGCAGGACCAUGGGUCUGACAGUGAAGGGCCUGGAUCAUCCUCACCGUUACGUACUAGAGGCAGCUCAGACACACGUCUUCCUGCUCAUGAAAAAGGACACUUUCUUCCGUUACCUCAAGUCACCAGUGUACAAAGACAUCCAGAAGAAGGCACUGAGCCCUGAGACUCACAACUUCAGUCCGGCACAGCUGGAGCAAAAUGCUCAGAAUAGAAGCCCCGGCAUCCAUCCCAUCAUCCUCUGGCAGCAGGAGGAGGAGGAAAAGGCUAAGACUGCUGCUGCCUCCGCUCCCGUCGAUGUCAAGGCCAUGAUGAGCAAAAUAGACAGGAAAAAGUAGAUAUGCAGUGGAGGUUUACAUGUCAAAGUGACAUACACGCUAUCCAGAGUCAUCCCAGGAAGUGAUGCUCUAUUUUAGAAACUUAUGAAAUGUGAGAAAUUGAGUAACCAUGGCUACAUAUUUGAAGAGGUGUACAAGACACCACAGAGAGAGAAAACCUUCCUUGUUCUUUGGCAAAGUGGUAGAAUAUUUCCAAAUUGUGGUCAGUAUGUUGAGUCACUUUCAUUUAAAAAAUGAUAACUAAUACAACUUAUUUCAUGUUAAAUACUUACAUAUAUCACAUUUCUUAGAAAAAAACAUUUUAAAUAUAUUUUAUCAGUAAAUUAGAUAUUAAUUCAAAGCUUAUUGUUUGCCAUGAAACUGUACCUUGCUGCAAAUUACUCUACCAGUUAUAAUCAAAAUGCACAUCAAUGUCAGUACAGUGCAGUUAAAACAAACACAUUUCCAUAUGGAUAUUUGUACAGUAUGUACAUAUUGUUAUUUGCCUGAUAUUAAUAAAUGAGAUUAAGUUAAA